ACACAAGCAAGUCACCGGGUACGUACUUGAACUCUACAAUAUUGUGGCAUAAGUCAACUCUUAUCGCUACGGGGUUUGAUUAGGCUCCCAGUGACGAAUAUCCUCAUUUUGAUGUCAAAAAUGUUUUAAAUUGCGUAGUACCGUUUCAUCAGUCCAGCUUCUCCGAGCGCGUGUGGAUCAGAAUCAGAAGAGAAUCACUUCACGUCAAUGCCGACCACAGUACUCGGUACCAUGCGUACGAACAUGCUUUUGAAACCGUUUCCUUUGCCCGCCACGUUCGGCGCUCUCCGCCUUUUGCAAGGCCACCGGACAUGUCCCGCUUGCUCCCAGUCUUGGCUUUUGUUCUCGCCUUGCAGUCCGUCGCGGUUGCAGCUAACAGUUCACACCUGCGAGAGCCAGUAUUCAUGCCCGCCCGCGAUAACGGGAGCGGGAGCGAUGACGACGAUGACGAUGACGACGACGACAUAUCUAGCACUGCAACUACACAUCAUACUACCAGUACCUCCGCUUCCAUCAAUCAGUUCAGCACCAGCAUCACAUUCACUACUCACUCCAGCUCCAGCUUUUUCCUCGGCUCCAGCUUCUCCUCCUCCAAUUUCAUCCCCACCCCCACCUCCACCUCCGCCUCCACAAUUACUACUCAUCCCAGUUCCACCUCGAUUACCCAGUCCAGCUCUGUCUCUACAAUUGCCAAUACAGACAUGUCCAUCAGCUCCAGCUUAAGUUAUGCAAGCACCACUAGUGGUACCAGUUCCUCAAGCUUAGGGCAGCACAGUGUACAUGGCGUAACUCCAACUGCCGGCCAUGGGCUUAGCACUGGGGCGCGGGCUAGUUUAUCAUGUGGAAUAAUGUUUUCUUUGAUAUUAUCUGCACUGGUAGUUUGUUAUUUCAGGAAAAGGUCUUCUCGCCCUUGGGAUCGAAUCAUGGAUGAAUCUACCAUUUCUUCGUCGGAAGUUAGUCAAUAUUUCCCUCACAAUUCCAUUGCCUCUCUCUCAAGAGGAGUUUUACCUCCACCUCGAUUGGACACUGCGCAUCCGUAUCCACCUGAUAUCUCGCACUCUCCGCCCCUUCUGAGCAUCCCAAGGGCUGCCUCGAUGAACGAUGAUUCUUGUAUCGAAAUUUAUACCCUGUAUCUGCGAGGAGCCCCUGUCAUGGAUAACAAAUACUUGCCAACACAGUCUCAGCGCCCACCCGCUCUGCGUCGUAUGCGUCCACAGGCUUUUCACGAACACACUCUAGACCCUAUGGCGCUCGGGUCCUUGCAAUUGCCGCAUUGACGGGCAUUUUUCUACGUCACUAGUCGGUAGCUCGAGCAACUCAAACUUGAACAGAGUCUUGAUGCUCAAGAAUAGCAGGACUUUCUUUCGCAUUUUGGACUAUUUCUUGGAAUGCUGCAAUAGACACUUGGAGUCUGGAGUUUGAAGACCAGAGGGUAUGUCUCGUCAAACCUCGAGGCUGCAGCGCCCAACUGCUGGGAGCUCUUGUUUCUACUAGGCAUUGUUGUUUCUCAAGGCCCACUCCAUUCAUAUUAUAUUAAUAUUCUAGUUGUUGCUAUUCUUAUUGUUUCACCUUGCUAGAUCCCUCACACUCUGCUGAGGCUGGCAUCCAGACAAUAUUAAUCAAAAGUCUGAGUCAGUCAUCUGUGUACUCUCGACCAAUAGCUAAGAAAGGUGUGCCUACUCUCCACGACCCAUCCUCAGCGCUUAGCAUCUGUACGCACCGUUCCGC